GGGGGGAGGGGCCGGACAUGGCGCUGGCUGAGGCCGGGCCCGGGGGACGAUGAAUAAGGGCUGGCUGGAGCUGGAGAGCGACCCCGGUCUCUUCACCCUGUUAGUAGAGGAUUUUGGAGUUAAAGGGGUGCAGGUUGAGGAGAUCUAUGAUCUACAAAGCAAAUGCCAGGGUCCAGUGUACGGGUUCAUCUUCCUCUUCAAAUGGAUCGAAGAGCGCCGGUCCCGCCGGAAGGUCUCCACCCUGGUGGACGAGACAUCGGUGAUUGACGAUGACAUCGUCAAUAAUAUGUUCUUUGCUCAUCAGCUGAUUCCCAAUUCCUGUGCCACCCAUGCCUUGUUGAGUGUCCUCCUGAACUGCAGCAAUGUGGACCUGGGGCCGACGCUGAGUCGCAUGAAGGAUUUCACCAAGGGGUUCAGCCCAGAGAGUAAAGGCUAUGCCAUUGGGAAUGCUCCGGAACUGGCCAAGGCCCAUAACAGCCAUGCCAGGCCAGAGCCUCGGCACCUGCCCGAAAAGCAGAAUGGAAUCAGCGCUGUGCGGACCAUGGAGGCUUUUCACUUCGUCAGUUACGUUCCCAUCAAGGGGCGGCUCUUCGAGCUGGACGGGCUGAAGGUCUAUCCCAUCGACCAUG